ACCCCACCUUCUCUCUCUCGCCGCCUUCUCCUUCGCUAAUCCCCCGAUGAAACCGACAUCCAGGGGCAGGGAUGCCAUCAUUACCUUCCGCUCCUCUCCUCCUCCAUCGUCUCGUCUGCCUCUCGCCUCUCCGCUCGGCCGUCACGGCGUCACUCCCUACUCCCCUCCCUUAUCUGUUACUGCCUUGCGGAGAGAGCGGGAGAGGGAGAGAGGGUUCAAGAAGAGCUUUGUUUGUUACUGCCUUGCGGAGAAGUCGGGGUUGGUUGGAGGUUUGGGGAGAAGAGGGUUUUUUGUUGCUGCCUUGGGGGAGGAACAGGGGUCGGCUGGAGGAUUGGGGGGAGAAGACGGUUUUAUGACUUGGGUUCCUUGGGUGUCCGUCGGAUCUUUUUCUUGGAAGAUUCCAGAAUUCGUAUCAGUCUUGAGUGCCUGAGGCUGAGCGGUUCUUGGAGAAUCUUGGUCAGUGUAAAAUGAAUAUUGUUUGUGAAGUGUGUGGAGAUGCUGGUUUCAAACAUCUUCUGUUGAGUUGCAGUGACUGCAAGGGAGCUCACACACACCAAUACUGUUUGGACAAAAUUCUCUAUGAUGCAUCAUCAGUAGACUGGUUUUGCAAGGAAUGCCAUCAAAGGCAUAGUGAAGGUUCUUACAUAAGGUCUCUAGGGAAGGUGUCAAUUGAAAGGCCGUCUAGUCACAUUCAUUUUGUCACUACAUCACAGCAUCCAAUUACCAAGAGGUUGGAGUCAGCCAGAGUUUUUAGUCCACGGGGACAACGAAAAAGUGCGUAUGUGAAGAAAAAAUAUUCUUCCAGGAUGAAUUAUUUGCAAAAGAAGUGCAUUAGAAAGAAUUCAAAUAUGGGAGGUAUGGGCAUCAGUAGAAGACAAUGCAGGGAUGCUAGCAUUGCCAGCACAAGUGUGAAUGCAUUACAUUCUUGUGAGACCAUUGGGACAGAAACAACUAAGAACAAGGAUAGGAAUGAACAGGUUGACAAUGAAAAAUCUGUUCAAAGUUUGAACAAUGAUCGUGGUUCAAAUUAUUUGAAACCAGGAUUAAAACAAAUCAAUCACCUGAAGCCACAUGAUAAUAUAAGUUCUGAACCUCCACAAUCACAAACGGCACCAUUCAAAGGAUUCUUUAUGAAGACAAAGAAGGUGGUUUCAGGAUCCAAGGAGUCAUUAAAUCCCAGAAUUGAGGAAGGAAACUCAGAUCGUGAAAAAAGUGGAGACAAAUCAAAGUGCAUGGAUGAAAGGAAAAUUCUUGCUGAAGCAUUGGAUUAUUCUAAUGAAUCAGAACUGUCUAAUAUGAAUGAAUGCUCUCUUACUUGUGAAGUUGAUUCAAAGGCAGGGAAUAAACCAUCAGAUGAAACCUUGGUGAGCCAUCAAGUUGAGGAUAGAAGAGGGGAAUUGAUGAUUGCUUCGCCUCAGAACUCAUUAAGUGGUGAUGCCGAUGUUACUCAUUGUUAUUCUGACAAGAAACAUGAUUCUUUGAUUGCAAAGGAAAGUCUCAAUCAUGGUUCAGCGCCUGAACACAACCGAACUGGUCAGAGUGACCUCCAAAGUAAUAUAAGAAAGAUUUCAUUUUCUUUUGGAAAAGUGGCUGCAAACCAGGUAUCAGGGUUGAAAGAUGGCAGUGGCACAAUCUUGUCUUCCAAACACAGUGAUCAUGACAAACAAACAAAUGCUCCAGUUAUCUGCAAAAAUAUGGAAGAUAAGUUUGUUAAGGAUAAUAGAACUGUGGUCGGUGCACAAAACAUGUAUUGUGCUAGAAAUAAGGACAAACCUGACACACAUGGUGAUAAAAAUAGCAAUGUCCUAGAUGACUUGAUGUUCAAAGGAGAGAAGAAAAAAAUGCUUGAUCAUGAAGUUAGCAUGGUAGCUGCCAAUGGACCACAGCCUUUCACUCCACAAAAUGGUACUUUUGACAAAGCCAUGUCAGAUUUAUCCAUCAUGGGUGUUUUGCCAAAGGAAAACAACUGUCUGCCAUCUAUGCGCAUUGAAAAUGAUAAUGUGAAGGAAAACCACAGUGGACCAUCAAAGCUAUUGAAUCAGGAUAAUUCGAGUUCAUCCUUAGAGAUCUCUUCAGAAGCAAUUGCUCUUAAGGCUAGUGCCACAGAAGUAGAAAUUUCUGAUGAUGUUGAUAACUUUGGCAAGGACAAGCCGAGAAAGCGACGGCGACUCAUUCUCGAUGAUGACGAUGAAGUUGAUGAAGAGAAGGCUGAAGAUGUGCAGAAGGAAAAUGUCAAUCCUCAACCUCCUAAGUGUGAUGAACCAAUGACGAAGCAUAGGGUAGACACUGAAUAUUUUGUGGAAGAGACUGUACAGACUGGAGAAUUAAAUGAUCAAAAUCUCAUAAAUGGUAGGCUUGUGAAGAGAAGGAGAAGAUACAUAGCUGAAAAUGAAGAUGAAGAGGAUAUCGUAGGUUCUGAUAAUGUUGAGUGUGCUCUGAAUGAUGCUACGAACCAGUCUCUUAAUGAUGGUGCAAACAUGGUGCCACAAACUUUAGUUGCAACAGGUCAUUCCCAACAAUCUAGACCAUCUCAUUCAGAAUACGAUGAUCAAGAAUAUUACAUUUACUCGCAACCCCUUGAUGAACCUGUUUGGAGCGGAGUCUUUAAGAUAGACACUGAAGUGCUUAUGUUGGAUGCCCACUUGUCCUCGAAAGCAUGUGAGAGAGUGAGGGAAUUGUCAGCAUCGUUACAAUCAGUAGUUGAAGUAAAGAAGCUCCCUCGGUCACAAGCCUGGCCAAAGAGUUGGAAGUCUUUCGGACCUACUGAUGACAACAUUGGGUUGUUUUUCUUCCCAAAUAGUUCGAGGCAAAAUGAAGUAUCCAACAGAUUAGUUAAUGGCAUUAUCAAAAGUGAUGGUGCCUUAAAAGUUGCAGUUGGUAUGGCAGAGCUACUAAUCUUCCCGUCUUCUUUAUUGCCGGAACAAUACCACUUUUUCCAGGGGAAUCACUACCUGUGGGGAGUGUUCAGGCGAAGGAAAGAUAUGGCUGAUGAAACUGUUCUAGGCAAAGAGCAAGAUGGUUCAGUGAACAAUGCUGCAGAGCAAGGGCAACUACAAGAACCUGAUCUUUUGAACCAACGGGAUGAAGCAUUAUAUGAGUCAUCAGACCAAGAAACUUGUGCUGUGAAGCAUGUCGUGCAUAUUGAGAACCAGCUGCUGGUGGAGUGCGACCACGAGGCAGAAAAGGAAGCUGCAAAAGCUGCCACAAGUGAAGGCACUACCUCACCUGGCAGCAGUUGGUCCUCUGCUAAGAUGAAUUCUCCAAAAGUUGGAUCAAACUGCUGUGUGGAGCCAAGAAAUUAUAGUAAAUUGGACGCGCAUGGAGACUUGGACCAGCAAGAAGACUUCACCUCUUUGCCCGCGAAUGCCUCAAGUAUUACUGAACAAUCAAGUGACUCUGGACCUGCUGCAGUCAGUACCAAGCUGAUCAAACCUGUUGAGCACGGUCAUGGACAACCCCACUCAGGCUCAGAACCAUCGACAAGAAAGCUGUUUGGAUUUGUCACUGCCAGAACACCGAGAUCUCAGCAACUCAUCCAGGAGAUGGUUAGUGAAGGUGCGCUGCUGUUCCCAGUGCCAGAAGAGGUUGUGACUACUGGCUCCAUCACAGGCAUCAGCACUAGAGUUGUAUCUUCUGAAAUGAACCCUGACACUGAACGGCUGCAUCUGAGUGAGCCCCCUCAGGCCUUCGACUUCGUCUCCAUGGGCCACUGUGAGCCUGGUGCAGAUUCUGAAGCCUGCCUGGAGCUGUUCCCGGUGCGGCAGGAACAUAUUGGAUGGGCUCCCAAGGCAGAUGUUAGCAGGGAAGUGGACCUUGACUUGAGCCUUGGCAAGCAGUCUCGAGCGCCCUCCUUGCCGCCACUGCUCUGAAGCUUGCUGCGGAGUUUGUGGCUGUGCAGGACUCCUGGACGACUUGUCUUUUGUUUUCAGAACCCUAAUGUAGUGUUGUGUUGUCUACCAAUGAUGGCUUCUUCCUCCAGUUACUGACAGCGCCUGUAAGUUUUGUAGUGCAGUUUUAGAAGUUUUCCUUGUAAUGAAGUUAGUUUUCCGGUGACGUAGAUCCCAAACUGAUGUAGAGGGGGAGUCCUGAAGAGCUGGUACAUUUGCAUUCAGAGCCUGUAAUUAGGUCGAUUCUGUUUGUUGUCUGAUAAUGCUGGCCAAUAGGGGGCAGGGUUUUGAGCGAAUGGUUUGAUAACUUUGUAUGGAGGGAGUUUGCUUAGAAUUCUUGACAAUGUGAAGUUGCCGGCAGGCAUGGCUUAAUUGACAGUCGUGAGUAUUACAUGGGCCAUUUUGCCUUAUCGUCGGUCACAA